UCAACGGCCGUCACUUGUACAAUACUCGCGUGCUUGUUAUGAAAUAGUUCUAUCACUCAAAUUGACACACUGUUGAUAGGAUUACCGAAAGGACACAAAUAAUUAGCCCGCCAAGAGAACAUUUGAUCGCGCAGCAUUUGGGCUUUGUUAUUCGAUCGAACGUCUGGGGACGUCAGUGGUUGAUUUGGCCGGGAUGUUUUCAGUUUCGUGUUAUUAUCCUUGGAUCAUGUGCGAUUACGGGGUGGUCCCAACACAGCUCAAGUUGUUGAGGUGUUUCUAUUGGGUGACUAUGAUGACUGACUUGAAGUAAUUCAUUGCGAUUUUGCGAUAACAAUGCAAGCGAUACCUGUGUAAACAUUGUAAGCAUACGCAGUUUCCCUUCGCUAUGCCGUGAAAUAGCUGCAGUUGUAUACAGCGAAACAAGCACUGGGAGAUUUGUUUAUAAUUGCAUUCUCUCGAAUAUUUGCAUUUUACAUCCAUGGACGAGUCAAGAACAAUCUUAUUUUUGCUAAAAACACUACUAGCUCUACAAAUCUGGAGUGGAAAAUAUCGCCUCACUUUUGACGAGUGCGUAGUGGCCAAAGUAGCAUAGGAGCUUCCGAGUUUGCCAAAACCCCAGGUAAGAAGUGUAAAUACAAAUACAACAAAAAUUUAACCCGCCCGAAAGAAAGGAGAAAAAGUUGAAUCGCAUUUUGUGUAAGAUUUUGUUUCAUAGUUACUAAAUAUGCAAACUGAAAAUCGAACAACUGAAAAUUAGAUUGAAAACAGAAAAAAAGAAGGCAAAUUUAAUUAGCAAAGCAAAUUUAUAUUGACAAAACCUUCAGAAAAACAGCACCUAGUUGCUAUAUAAACUUGCAGGGGCACCACGAGGGGAAAUCAUAGUGCAAAUUGCGAACCCUGUGCUCUCAUGAACAACGGAAAACAAAUCAAUUAAUCGAGGAAUACACGUACACUGUUUGCGAGUGACAUUCGCAAAAAAACAUCGGAACUAUGAACUAAUUGAACUGGUCUGAUGUCACAAAAGGAACGCGUCGGGUAGCUUUUUUUAGAAAACAAACACAACGGUAGAUUAUUUGUGUUUUCUAAUAAAUAAGAACAUUUAGUAAAUUACUAGAAUGGAAAAGAUGUUUCAAGUGUAUGGAAUGAUUUGGCCACCCUCUUUUCGUACUACUGAUCUCAAAAAGGGCACUUGGACAGUUGGAUGAGACGUGAGCUAGCAGUGAGAACUCAAAAGAAAAAAUGUUAAAAAAAUUCAUGCUCUCUUCAAACCUUUUUCAGAUUUCAGAUUUCAGAUUUUUAAUUAGCUGUUUGUCAGAGGAACGUACACUUAUUAAGCGGGUACAGUUCCAACCAUUCAUGUAAACGGCGUCUUACAACGAUUACAUUUACCAUACCCUACGGGCAGCCUCAACCUAAAUAGUCGUCACUUGGUUAGCAUUCUAAUUUCUUUAGAAAAAAAAUACAUAUUAUGCAGACCCAAUAAGUCUUCAACAGAUACAAUAAGUCUUCAAAGGUCUUCAACCGUCGCGUAGUUCUUAUCCGGGAGAUUUGGAAUAAAAAGAAAAUGUAACGGACUAGUAACGCGAAGACAAAACCAAAACGUGCACAGAAACAAAGGCUCAGGGUCAUUGGCGAGCCACGAGGACAAGAGGGUUUACUGAAGCAGAAUGCCGUAUCUAAAGGUCCACGUGCAAGGUCAGCGGUAUGCCAUCUCAGGACUAAACGAUCGGACCACCAGCAAGCACAUCCUGUGUUCACUCGCGCGCAUGCACUCAAUGCUAAGCCUUGUGGGUACAGACUCGGAAAUACAGGAAUCUGGAGCAGGACACGGGACUCGCAAGGGGGUAGAUUACGACGAUGAGACCACUAAAAGACUAGAAAAGACAGGCUCGCUACCAGCUGGCCUAUCAAAGCACAAAGGUUUGAGGAAGGAUGAAGUGAGUUCACGGGAGAGAGUGCAUCGAACGCAGAGUUUGUCUCCGCGAGAUCGUCGGUCGUGGCCAUUAGCUUUCAAUGAACCAAUGGGGAGUAAAAAGGACUGCGGACUGGGCGGAUCAUCGAGGGCACAAUCUGGAGCAAGGAGCUCGGAUUCAUCGGAAGAAGUUGCAAAAUGGAAAACAAAGUUACGGAGAUCGUUAUCCAAAACGGACGCUUUGGACGGAAAGUACUCGAGCAGCCAAAUAGACAAAUUGGAAACAAAGCAAGCGAUAAAAAGUAAGAAAAAAAAGCGCAGGAAAUCUGAGGAAAAGGAAUUGCUCGGUGAGAAAGUAGAUCAAUUUAAUUCAAAAAAGAAUUUGGACAGGACUAAAGAACGCCAUUCUAAAAAAGUGGAAAAGAAUAGACAAGACAACUCGAAAACACGAUCACAACAAAAAUGUAAAAGUUAUGAUUUUUCGCCCUCCACAAAGCCAGACUCGACAAUUAUAAGAAAGGACUCGAAAUACCCGCGAACAAAAAAGCGAUCUAAAUCACACAACGGUGGAUUACUAUAUAGGGACAUUCGUGGAUUGCCAUACAAGGACUUAGAGUACGUUCGAAAUGUAUACUGUGACGUCACUGAGACGAGCGAAUCGGAAUACAGCAGGAAACGGAUUUUCGUCACGGACAAAGCGGGACUUAGGCAGGGAGGGGUGGGGGCGCUGCAAAAGCGCACCAUAGAAAGACUUGUCACUAAGGCGGUGGAAAGGCGACUUCCGAACCUGGGUAAAGAGUGGUCUGGGUUUGAAGAUAUUGCCUUCCAGCAAAGAGCCGCAGGCGAGGAAGAAAUGAAGCGUAGCCUGUUACGACUGAUUAUGAGUCAAGGCAAGUGCCUGCACGCGUUGAACACGUGCAUCAAGACUAAGGACACGUCAAUCACGCGCUACUCAAAAUGGUAUAAAGACGUUGGAAGCACGCUAAGGGUGGAUGUUGGAGGAGCCAUAAUCACCCCGGGAUCUGGAAGUAAAGUGCAACCGGAAAACAAAGAAUUAGCGAAUAUUUGUGAGAUAAAAGACUCAAGCGAUAAAGCAAAUGAGACCGAUCAGGACACAGGGAUUAGCGAGUUGCAUUCGGACAGUUCAGUAGAUACUACUCGGAUGACUUCCGGUUGUGGCGUGAACGUAAGUUUCACCACUUUUCCCACUCAUUCUGUGUCCCACAUGACUAAGAGUGUAUAUGAAGAUCUAGGUGGAUCUUCAGAAGACAUAGGCAAUUGUAUAGUUGCAAAUGAGAUACCAGAUGACGCCACAGAGCUGUGCUCUGAAUCUAACCACGAGCUCAGCGACAGAACCGAUGCCACGUGUUCCAAGGGUUCAGUAGGGUCAGCGGAAACUGUAACUGUGGGCAUGCUCAGUGACAUUUCAGACACAACCACGUGUUCCACUUUCGAAGUGUCUGAUCACGUGACACCUGAUGAGAAAUAUCAACACGAGCUGAACAAAAACCGCGCGCUGAGGGAUAGAAUCGAUUCGCUUACCCGCGAUAUAGAGUUAACCGAAUCAAGAAUAAAAGAGCAACAUACUUUGAUAUCAACUCUUACCACACUUAAAGAACUCAAUCAAGAGCUCAUAGCAUCGCAGGAGAACCCUAGCGAAGGCAACGCGAACGACGAACGAAAACUCCAGAAGUCGAUUGAUAUGAGCACUAAGCUGUACGAGUAUCAGAAAAAAGAGAUUCGCGCCAAUACUGAACAGAUACUGCGACUGGAAUCUCGAAUACGCCGGAAGCGAUGGCAUGUGAAAUCAGCCGUGAGAGAACUGGAACGAUUUAUUACCAGGCCUUUUCAGGCAAAGCCUAUGGGUAGCCCUGGGCUAUACCCAGGCUUCCAUGCGGGGAAUAAUCUUCUUGUUUCAGGAACAUUUGUGUAAUGUUGUAACCCCGAAAGUUGUUUCAUUAAAAGGACCCGAGGAUUUUUA